CCAGUACUGACUACGGUCGUUGUCCAUAAUAAUAUUAUCUUAAUUCAUAUUUCAUGGUGACGAGUGACCACUAUGUUUUCUGCUUGCGUGUGCGAGUGCAACGUAGAUAACGAGCUGACAUGAUUAGAGAGUGACAGAAUGAGAUAACGUCGAUCUCCUUAAGAUUCGGGACACUAACAAAAAAAAGUAAACAAUAAUAAUAAUAAGAAAAGGAGAGACUCGAUCUCGCCGUCGUCCAACUUUCGGUAUUUUGGUCAGACGACCACGAUUGCCGCACAUCAUGAAACAUGCCUUGUUCGACAUGUUUCUGUUCCUGUUUAAGUCCAAAUAUCGACGGAAACGGAUUGCCCCAACAAUGACCGCUAAGGUGGCUACCAAUUUCGCUCCGCUGCUGCUGCUGGUAAUCGUUUUUGGUUUAGCAUCCUUGGCACAAUGCUCAUUGGACCGGUGCAAAGACGUCGAGUGCGGCAAUGGCAUCUGCUUGAAUGGAACAUGCGUGUGCAAUGACGGAUGGCAAGGCCCUCAGUGCCAGUAUUGUGGUGGAAAAGUCAAAUUAAAUGGAACUUCUGGUUUCAUUUCUGAUGGCAUUGGUAACUACUCGCUGGAUGUGAAGUGUAGUUGGCUUAUAGAAGCAGGAAAUUCCACUAAUUCCACGAUCAGAUUGCAUUUUGAAGAAUUCAUUACGGAAUGCGGUUGGGAUCAUUUAUAUAUAUAUGAUGGAGACAGUGUUCAUUCUCCACUACUUGGUGUUUAUAGUGGUCUUAUGUACUCAAAAGAUUACUCUCUGCAGAGUGUACCAGAAAUAGUUGCCCAUUCCGGAUUUGCUCUAUUACAUUUUUAUAGCGAUAUAGCUUAUAAUUUGUCUGGUUUUAAUAUUUCUUACAGUUUAAACACAUGUCCAAGUACAACUUCCUCUAAAGAAUGUUCAGGACAUGGUGUUUGUGUAGACUCUGUAUGCACUUGUGAUGCCCAAUUUAUUGGAGAAGCAUGCCACAUUCCGAUUUGUCCAAACAAGUGCACAGCCAGUAAUGGGGUGUGUGAUAAGGAACAACAUCGCUGUGUCUGCAAUCCAAAGUAUAAAGGUGAUGACUGUAGCCAAGUAGCUGAACACGGUUACUGGGAAUUAUUGAAGACAAGCGAUUUUGUUCCCCAAGGAUCUGCAUCUCAUACAGCAGUUGUAUGGCAAGACUCUAUGUAUAUUGUUGGGGGAGAGUCUUUUAAAAAAGGACAUAUGUUAUAUGUUUAUGAUUUCAAUGGUCAUGUAUGGGAAACACCUCAUGUAAUAAGCAAAACAGCACCAACCAUACGAUAUGGACAUUCGUCUGUGCUGUUUGGUGACAAGAUAUAUGUUUAUGGAGGAGUAAAAGAAGAUGGAAUUGUGUGUAAUGAAUUGUGGGCUUAUGACAUAAGUGCCAAGUCCUGGGAAAAUGUCACAGUCAAUACUGGUUCAUGUGAACGUAACCUUAUGAACAUUGGUUUCACAAAUCAAGCCUUGUGUGGACCAUUGCGUAGUGCUGGACACACAGCAACAUUGGUACCGCCUUCGUUUAUAUCACAAUCUACUUCGUCUGGAUCUGGCUCUAGAUAUGUGACAGAACGCAUGAUUAUUAUUUUUGGACAUUCUCCUACUUAUGGUUUUAUGAAUUUUGUUCAAGAAUAUUAUUUUGGCACUAGAGAAUGGGCAGUUGUAAAAACUAAAGGUUAUCCAGUAAAGGGUGGAUACGGGCACAGUGCUGCUUGGGAUCCUGUGACAGAACGUAUUCUUGUAUAUGGUGGCUAUGUGUCAAUGAGUCCUUUGCAAUCGGCUUUAUCUUCAAAACUGUAUGCAUAUGAUCCUUACUCACAUACAUGGUAUUUAAUGAGUGAUGGUCCAAGUGGUAGGUUCUUACAUAGUGGUUCUAUGUUGAGUCCUACUGGAGGUUUAAUGUUGAUUUACGGUGGAAACAUACACAACGAUACUGGAGUAAAUUUAGUUUCAUCUGGAGGUCAGUGUUACACUGCACAGCCAUUACUUUAUGAUACCUAUUGUGACUCUUGGACACAAAUGGCAUUGCCCUCAAAUCUAUUCACCAGUCUCAUGCGAUUUGGACAUUCUGCAAUAACAUUUGAAAAAUCUAUGUAUCUUUACGGUGGUUUCAAUGGCCAAAUGCUCAAUGAUAUUCUCAAAUUUUCUCCUGGGAAUUGUUCAUCAAAUAAUAUGAUAACUAAUUGUUUGAAUAGUCGUCAUUUUGGUGUUAAAUGUGUCUGGGAUAACGAAAAAGCCAUUUGUUUACCAUUUUCAGAAAUCCCAGCUAUUCCACCCAGUAUAGAUUUUGAAUCAACUUACAGCCGUUGUCCUGAAGAAAGUAAGUCUCAAGUCACGGGAAUUAUCGAUCAGUGCAAGCGGCAAACUACAUGUGAAUCAUGCGUUCAUACUCAUCGGUGUGGUUGGUGCCCUUUAUCAAAUUCCUGUGUACAUGAUAUAGAACAAUGUACUACAAUGAAUAGAGAUGAUAUUCCGUAUCGUAGUGAACGUCCAAUAACAUCUGGUUAUCAAUGUACUAAUGAAAAUGCUGAUCAUAUGCGUUGUAACCAUCUUCACUCUUGUCAAUAUUGUGUUACACAUACUGGAUGUCAUUGGAAUUCCAAGAUUGAAGUUCCUAUAUGUGUACCAAUCACAAACAAAUCCAUGAUUCAAGAUUUUACAUCACCAGAUGUAUGUGAAAGUGUUUGUGAUCAUUAUACUGAAUGUACCAAUUGUACAAAAGAUGAAUGCAUUUGGUGUCAAAAUAAUGAACGAUGCAUUGACAAAAAUGCGUACACAUCUUCAUUUCCAUACGGUCAGUGCAGAGAAUGGACAACAGAUGAGCACCGUUGUAGAACUUCACCAGGUAAUUCACAAUGCAAUUACUAUAGGACUUGCACUGACUGUCGAGAUGAUCCAGAGUGUGGUUGGUGUGAUGACGGGUCGGGCACUGGGUUAGGUUCAUGCAUGGCAGGUGGCAAUACGCCACCACAAUCAUGUUCUCAAAAUAAAUGGUACUUCACUCACUGCCCAACUUGCCAGUGCAAUGGCCACAGCACUUGUAUGAACAAUACUGAUGUGUGUAUACACCCCUGUUCAAAUAACACCGAAGGUCAAAACUGUGAGACGUGUAUUAAAGGAUUCUAUGGGAACCCAGUCAAUGGUGGUGAAUGUAAAGAGUGUCGGUGUAACAAUCAAGGUAACCAUUGUAAUCAGGAGAAUGGAAAAUGCUAUUGUACUACAAAAGGGAUAAUCGGAGAUAACUGUGAAAAAUGUGACACAAAUAACCAUUAUCUUGGAGAUCCAUCUAAUCACGGUUCCUGUUUUUAUGAUCUGACCAUUGACUAUCAAUUCACGUUCAACUUGUCGAAAAAAGAUGAUCUGAGGUUCACACAAAUCAAUUUUCAAAAUUCGCCUUCAAAGUCUGAUGUUGAUGCCGACUUUAGCAUCACCUGUUCGGUGAUGGCCAAGAUGAACAUCACUGUCAGACCUGCUUCCGGACCAGAAAAGAUGCUACUACCAUUACAGAAUUGCACAAACUUUAGAACUAAGUUUUUGAAAUCAGAAUACAUGUUUGGCACCGGUGACAACAUGUCGCUGACAACAUUCUAUGUUUACGUUUACGAUUUUAAACCUCCACUCUGGAUACAGAUAUCGUUUUCUCAGUAUCCAAAAUUAAAUCUCCAACAGUUUUUCAUCACAUUCUCUUCAUGUUUCUUGCUAUUGCUGUUGGUGGCCGCCAUAUUGUGGAAACUCAAACAGAAAUAUGACAUGUAUCGCAGGAGACAGAGAAUGUUCGUGGAAAUGGAACAGAUGGCCAGCAGACCGUUUUCGGUGGUCGAGGUGGAAAUAGAAAAACGCAAUGCCAUUCAUGGUAACCAAAUACCAUCGAUACCGACCAUUUCUGUUUCGAGCAAUUUGAGAAAACGCAAAAUCGACGUACCAAAUCCAGUGGCCUUGGAACCUUGUGCUGGCAAUCGAGCAGCCGUGUUGACAUUGCUUGUCAGACAGCCGACGGGUAACGAUAGAUUCACACCACACGGAUAUUCGGGUCUGGCGAUAGCGUCAGCUCUGGUGGUGGUCGGCAAUGUUCAACAUUCCAAGACCAACGGAAUCGACAACAGCAGUUCUCCGCUGCCGGGCAAAGAAGACGUCCACUGGACCGGUAGGGGUUUGAAAGCCAGUCAGCAUCCCAGCGAAGCGCGAAUUUAAAAUAAUGACGACGACACUCACAAUCUCUCUUCUCUUCACCAGCUUCGUUGGCGGUUCUUUCGUGCUGCAGCAUAACAUAUAGUAAUAUUAUAAUCGUAUAAAAAAAUACCUACACCUAAAUAUAUAUAUAUAUAUUUAUAUAUAUCCACUGUGUGUAUAGUCGAACCAGAUAAGACUGAUGAGAUCGUAUAUAUUAUUAUAAUAUACGUUUAUACGGUGCAUUUAUGUAAUACUUUACUACUAUAUUUAAUAUAAAUACAAUUAAUGUACUACUAUUACUACUACUACUACUACUACUACUACUACUAAACUAUCCGUAGGUUUCUGAAUUAAUCUGUUGGUCGUCAGAUUGGUUUAUUAACGACAAAACAUAGGUACGAUGGAAUAUAAUAGUAUUAUACACACGCUAGGCCUGUAUUUUUUUUACUGCUGCGCCAGCAAGUGUUGUAACAUUUUUAUUGUAUAGACGCCGCGCACAGGCCAUUUCUUUUUAAUCUCAUAUAGGCAGUGGCGCAACUAGGGGGUGCUUAGCCCCCUUAAAAUUAUCCCUUAUUGAUUUAGAUAUAAGCCCCAAUGGGUUAUUUUAAAUUAAUAGUUUUGUUAGGUGAGCCUACCCCCCCCCCCCCCUACCAGAAUUUUAACCCAAGUUUUGCGCCAAUGCAUAUGGACACGAUACUUAGAAUCUCAUCUUGAUCCGUGUACUUUCAUUCCACAAAAAUCUCAAAUCUGUGUCUUAUUCACCAAUUGAUAAACACGCCAUAUGUUACAAUGUGUCAAUGGAUAUCCCUCCUGAUUGACUUCUCCCCCCCCCUCAUCAAUCACCCAUGAUUUAUAGUUUAAUUUUUUACUUGCUUACCAAUGCCUGCCUUCGCCAUGUAUACACACUCGUUCAGAGUGCAAUAGUUCUCUUCUCAGACACGCGCUGCCACACAUUCCUAAUUCCUAUAUAAUAAUAUAUUAUACCAUCGGUCUCUAAUGUCGAGAGACGGUUUGGGUGUACCUAGUACACCGUACUGCCGCGUAGGUAGAAUAUAUAAUAUUUUGCAUGUCGCAUGUCGUUUGUGAUUAUUAUAUUUAUAAAAUAUUUAUACAUACCUCUACGUCUUACGAUAUUAUAAUUAUUUAAUAUAUUAUUUAUUAUUGUGUACAACUGCUGUGACACCCAUAUAAAAUUAUUAUUAUUGUUGUUACUUGUUGUACGAUAGACAGUAUUUCUUUGCAAUACCCAUGUACGGACGGUUCGAAAUGUCGCCUCUUCUCGUCCAUUCCGUGGCACAUGUCGCCAGCCCUCAAAUAGUCAAAUCGCUUAAUCCCUCGAAAGUGAAACAUCUCGUUGCUAUCGCGAACAGUAAUAAAAGAUACUACGGCAGCGGAUCCAACAUAGCCCUGCAAUUUCUCCAUCCAUCAAUCGCAUACGAUCCAAGAGCGUCCGUAUUAGUCAACUAAAUUAGGUAGUCGUUUCCAUAUUUUCGUAUCCCCAUUUCCCAUUAUGAAUUUGUCGGAUUGCGUUAUCGCAACAUAUUUUACUUGUACUAUAAUAUUAUUGAUACUACAUUAUAGGCAUGACAUGAAGUUUCUCGGUUCGGUUUUCAUUAUUCUUUUCGGGUGGUUUUUUGUUUCGAUCUUCUACGCUUACAUUGCCUACAUAAUUAUGAUAAUAAUAUAUUUAGGUCCGUAAUUCGAAACGGGGCCAAAUUCUAAAUCGUUCGUCUAACGGGUGUCCGGCAUGACACGACGAUGACACGCGUAUUCGGUAAAACUCUUUUUCUCAUUAUAAUAAUAUACUGUAGUAAUACUGUGCUAUGAUACAUUUUAUAAGAAUUAUUUAUUAUUAUAAAUUAUACAUUAUUAAUUAUUAUGUGUUCUGAUAAAAAGAAACGUAUUAUUUAUAAAAAAUAUUUUCUGUGAUUUUAGAUUUGCUUGCUCGAUUGUGAGUGGUUUUUCUUUAUAUAGUGUUAACUACUUUAUGAUUUUGUAUGUACAUAUAUUAUACAUAUUAUACGAAUGGUAAAAUUCUCCAAAUAACACUGCUAAGUGCUAAUUAUUAUUAAUUAAUACAGUUAUAUAAAUUUUUUUUUUUUUAUUAUUAUAAUUUUAGUAUAUCAUAUAUUAUUAGUUUAUAAAUAUUUUUUUUUAAAACGUCCAUUUUUUUUAUAUUUUCAUUAUCAUAUAUUUUUUGUUAAGAAAACUAUUAAACUAUACUUGUUUUGUCAUUAGCAGGGGCCCCUGCAGAGAGUGGCCAGUGGGUGCCAUUGUACCUACUGGAAUUUUUUUAAUGAAUAAAAAAAUCAGUGAAUAAUAAUGUAAAUAUGUGACUACUGACUACCUAUGUAUGUAUAAGAUAAAUUUAAUUUUGCACUCACUGAGCUGAUUUUCUGCGGGCGCCCCUGGUCAUUAGUCAUGUUAUUUAAUAUCCUAGUUUAUUUUGUAUAAAAGAAAGAAAACAGGACACAGAGUAUAUGGCUUAAAUUAUAAUAUGAUGCAUCUAUUGUACCUACUUAUAAAAAUAUAAUUAUCAUAAAUUUAAUGCGAGAAAAUAAUAUUAGCUUUUGAGAAUAUUAUUGUUUCAAAAAAACUUGUAUAUUUGAUAUUUCAUCUAAAUCAAUUCAAUAAUUACUAUUUACAUAAUAAAUGCAUUAUUCAACUAUAAACGCUAUUGGGAAUGUUAAAUAUUAUGUUAAAUGAUGUUAUUAAAAAUGGUUAUACUGUUAUAAAAAUAAAAUAAAUAUGUGCAUAUUUAGUACCUUUUGUUAUAAGUCAUACAUUUUUAAAGUUAUUAAAUGUAUAUAACACAAGAAUUUUUAAUUCUAGUUAAAUAUAAAUAUACAAUUUACA